UUUCUAAGACUGUACGAAUUUCAUCAUGAGUAUAUGGUACCUUUGUAUCGCGACAAAUGUAAAGUCAUGUACACUGACACCGACAGUCUUGUAUACGACGAUCGAGUGCGAUGAUGUUUAUGAGACGAUGAAACGCGAUAUUGCUAGGUUCGACACGAGCGAUUAUCCAGUCGACAACGGUAUGCCUCUUAAAAAUAAAAAAAUACCAGGUCUAAUGAAAGAUGAAAACAAUGGUGCGAUAAGGACUGAAUUCGUCGGACUUAGAGCAAAAAUGUACGCGUUGAAGGUGAACGGGAAAAAGGACACCAAAAAAGCGAAAGGUGUCAAGAAUAACGUAAUAGCGCGAGCCAUAACGUUCGAAGAUUACACCCGCUGUUUGAGAGAUGAGAUCGAGAUGACGCGUCGCCAGUCGUGUAUACGAUCCAAGUUACACGAAGUAUACACGGUGUCCGAAACGAAAAUUGCUCUAAGUCCGUACGACGACAAGAGAUAUCUCAUACCCGAUUCGAUCGAAACGUUACCGUGGGGACAUUAUCGGAUAUCCCUAUAAUAUAUUUGUAUAUAUUUU